AUGUCUACUGAAACCAGUGACGCACCUAAGGCCCAGCAGACAUGGAAGGCUCCCCCAGAAGGCUGUCCAUGUUGGGUGGAGAUCCCUGCACGGGAUACCGAAAAACUAAAGGUCGGUUCGCGGUCCUGCGGCGACUCUGAUGAUUUUCCCAACCUUGAUGCACUGGCUUAUCAAAAAAAAAAAAAAAUCGCUGAAUGGGUCUUCCGUCUAGGAUUAUCGGGAGGCAUCGUCCAGAUGCCGGAGGGUUGCGCUCCAACAGAGCAGGUCAUGGGCAGUGGGAUGACCGUGUACUACUCGGUCGACUCCCUUGACAUGGUCAGUCCUGGUGCCCAAAUACUCCAGGAAUUAGUACCUUUUCCAGAAGAUCGGCAAGGCUGAUUAUAUCAGGUGGAGAAGAAAAUUCACGAACGCGGUGGUAGCACCUGUCUAGCCAAGACAACUGAGAGUUCUCAUGGGUGGUUUAUGAACUUCCGUGACCCUGAAGGGAACCGGUUUGGUUGCUACGAGUUCCGUGGUAGCUAGAGAGUCUUGGAAAGGUCUUUCGCAGCAGCCUGUGCUUUUUCGAGCUAAGCGGGCUCUUUUUCUAAAUAUCUUCCGGGCCGUCAGAGCUGGGGGCGGAUGCCCCGUAAAAGGAAUACUUGGCGAGGCGGGGGGAUGACAGCUCAAAGUGGGUACG